UUAUUGGCUUACUAUGAAGUAAGCUAACAGACCUAUUAAUUUCCCACUUAACUUACACUUGGCAGCACUUUUAAUCUUUUUGGGACAUUUUGCAAUAAGAUUUUUUUUCGUGCGGCUCGGUUUUUUUUGUCGGGGAAAUUCUAAUGAAGUGGUUUUUGUGUGAUUACGACGAAAUUUUUUAAUUUCAGAAAAAAUUAUUUUAUUUUUUAUGAAAAAAAAAGAAGUUGCUAGGAUCUUUUUAUACGAAAAUUAUAUAAUUAAAAACGUAGCUGCUAAACGUGUCGGUCGUGUUUUUUAAUGGAAAUUGAAUAAACGAUUUUAGAUACAAUUGCAGCGGAAUAGUGACCAGAAUAACAGCAAAAAAAGAAAUAUAUUAAGGUGCGAAGUUGUUAAUUAAUGUUCAACGUAUGUACGUAAAUGUACUUAAGUAGAUAAAUUUGGAGUCAAUGAUAUACACACAUAUCUGUGUGGUUUCAUGAUUGUGUGAUGGAAUUUUCUUUAAGGAGAAGCAAAUAAUCGUGAUUUUAUCACUCUUCGCCAUGUUUGUCACCAUUUAGAUAAGAACGGGAAGAAGACCUGCAGAACAGCUGGCACCACCAAUAACAGAAGCAGCAAACAGCAGCGGUAGCAGCAGCUAGAAACAAAACAGAAUCCUCAGUGUCGCAACAGUGUCGGUACGAACGAACGCACGAGAGAGCAACGUGCUGUGGAGGAGAACGAAUUCGAUGUGCAGUAAAUGGCCAGAGAUAUUUAUUUCUGUUGAACGAGAGUUGCGUAAAGCUCGUUGAUGUGUUAAGGAAAUUGAAGAAAAUUGUUGGAUUGCAUACUUAAUAUAAUUGCAGCCAUUUGCCAGAUAUUGUUUGAUCAUCAUUCAUUGUUGUUAACCGUGGCAGCUUGUAUAACGAAAUAGAUUUAGUGAAACAAGUUAAGCAAAACGAGAAGAAGGCUUCACUUGUGCAUGCGAUCAAAGUGAGCUACGUGAGAACUGCUACAAUAAAAAAAAGCAGAAUUGAAAAAAGGAAAGAAAAAAUAUAGCUACAAAAACAUUUGUUAUUAAGUAAUAUAUAUAAAAGUGGCUAGAAAUUAAUGCUCUCUUGAUUACCGCAUCUCAUAAUAAUAGCAACAACGACGACGAGUUUAAGUAGCGCUACGUCGUAGACCUUUGACGAGCGGCUAAAAGUAGAGGCUUUACGCACACAUAAACAUAUAAAGAAAUGGAUUCACUUAAAAUUCCAAAAGGUGGCAGCAGCAAUGCGGCUGGUGGCGGUGGCGGCAAGCCUACUGGCAGCGUACCAAUCACUGUUCGUUUUAAUGCCGGCGAUGAAUGUAUCGAUGAUAUCUUUCAGUCAUUUCACAAUAGCAACAAUAGUGGUAGUGGCGCGGGUGUUGUUGGUGGUACCGGUGGCAAUGGUAGUGUAGGUGGUGGCGGCGGUGGUGGUGGUGGCGGAGGCCCGAAUGCCGGUGGUGGGGAUUCCCUAUCGAGUAGUCCAUCACAACAUCAUCAGCUGCAGGCACAGCAAAAUGCGGAUGAUGUAAAUGCAAGGAAUAAUUUUCUGCAAGGAAACUUCUUCAAUCGCAAAAGAUCGGGUAGCAUCGAAGGCGUUUCGCCAACAACUUCUGGACCAAAUCUUAUAGCAGCGCUCUCGGGAAACGAUACAGCAUCGGUUGGUACUUGGAAAUUAAUUAAGGGUAAAGUUUCACAGACGUUUGAGGACAUAAAAUCUUCGAAAACAACAACACAAGCAACGCUCUCUACAUCAGUACCAAAAGCUGAAAGUUCCCGACAAUAUUUCCAACAACAACUAAACGAUCCAGACUCAGAUCCCGAUAAUCCCACCACACACUCUUCCAUCAGCGACGAUUUGCCCUUUGAUUUGGAACGUAAAUCGCCACAUUUGAAGGGUGGCGCGGAAUCGGACUCAUCAGUAGAGGGUGAACCACUGCUCGAGGGCGAGGUAGAACGUUCCCGCCUGCGUCGCGGCUUAGCCAACCUCAAGUCUAAAGUGAAAUCAAAAGCACAUCAUCAUCAUCAUCAUCAUCAUAACUCUCAACAAACGCACGGACCUUCUCAGCAACAACCAGGUCAAGCGACUGCUGCUCUCUCUUCGGCUACGAUUUCCACCGCAUUCGGCACAGCUGCUAUAAAGCCAAUGAAGAAGGAAACGGCCGGCUCGAAUGCUUCGUCAACCGGUUCGUUAGUGGACACAUUUAUGCGACGCCGUCGUCAAUCGCCAACAGAUCAAGCAGAUCGUGCAGCGCCGAUGGUGCCAACGGAGACGGUGGCAAGGGAUAAUAAGAAAACGGCAGCGAAAAUGAAAAAGCAUGGUAUUAUAGCCGGUAAAAAGGAAGUGGAAAUCGAGUCGGGUGUUGAGAUGAUGGAGGACACACUACCUACAACUGCGGCAAAUGACGCUGCAGCGGGUGCAGAAGAGCCAAGCGCUUCAACCGCCAAUCGUCAUGAUUUGCAUUUACAUUUUAGUAAAAGUACACAGGAUAAACCACCUACACCAGGACAAGCACACGAGUUGCCCAGCAAAACGGAAGUACGUAGACGACAAAAUGAAUUGGAAACGUUACGGCAAGCUGCUGAAAUACUACAGCAAGAAAAUCAACAUGAAGUCGAUACUCUUCUAAGGCAACCGAAAAGGAAGUUUGCCGCCAGCAUGCCAAUUAGCCGAUUGGCCGCACUUAUUGUAGUUCUGCUCUUGCCUGUGCAUGGUUUCAUACGUGGCGUGUUGGCAUGCCUGAUGAGUUUCGCUAUUGCCGAUUCAUUGAGCAUAAUGGCACGAUCAUUUAUUUAUAAAUUUUUCGAACACCAUCCCGAAAGAUCCGACUUCGAGAUACCAGACUACACGAAUUUGCCGAUUUGUGAGGUGCCCGCAGUGGAAGAGCACAAGACUAUAAAGUCGUACGCUGGUUGGAUGAAUGAGAUUUUCAGCUACGAUCCACUCACUUAUCAUAUAUCACAAACUAAUUCGGUUUAUUUGAGACUUGACGGCACCUAUUUGCGUGUUUCAACAACAAAUGCGCGCAUACCGAAACGGAUUAUGUGGAAUGAGACACCGAUUGAACUUAAACAUAUUCACUUUACCAGUCAUCGGGUUUUUAAUUUGCUCGGUUGCAGCGUCGAACUUCUGCCACUGGGUUUGGCGCGCAAGAGAUACUUUAAUCGCAAAUAUCCAAUUCAAUUGAUUAUCAAAAAUGGCACUGAUGAAGAUGCUAUAAUAGAGCCAUCGGAGAACCCUUCAACUCAACUCUCAGCACGUGGCAGUAAGAGCGAUUUAAUAUCCGUUGAUAGUAGAAUGUCACAGGUUUCAAGCGACAUUCUAGAACAGUAUGCCGAAACGAAAGAGAAGGUGGCCAAUAUGCAGGAUAUUGAUUUCGCAGCGACUGUUAUGAAUGCUGAUCUUCAACAACUACAAGACAACACACAAGACACGGAUAAUCUCAUACCUUGCGGCGAUGAAGUGCGUUUAAUAUUAUUUUCUCGUGGCGAUCGUGAGAAAGAGGAUUGGUAUCGCCGCUUUGUAGCGGCCAGUGAGGGCGAUGUGCACGAUCAGGUGUUGCGCUUGCCAAAUCUUAAACUAAUCGACGAUGCUGAACUACAACGGGCGGCAGCAAAAGCUGCGCAAAUGCGUAUGGAACCAGUUGAAAAUGAGAAUAGUGUGGAGAAUGAGUCGCACGUAUUACCAGCGGAUAUGGCACCGCCAUUGGUGGUGGAGGGUAAAACAGAUAAGACGGAUAAAUCGGAAACAUUUAAAGAUAUUCCGGAUGAUAUGGAAGUGGUGCCAUCGCCAACUGAUACAUUUGAGGGUCUACUAAUGAGCUCGUGCGCAGCACGUAAUCCGCCCGAUUACAUACGUUUCAUGGCUAUUUAUCAGAGCGCUUGUAAAGAAACUAAAAUUCCAGUUCAUAUGAAACCAAACCCAUUGGAUAAAGCACAAAAAUCACGUCGCUCUAAACGCCAUGCAAAGGAAUUAUGGCAAGGUAUUGAUCAGUCGUUAUUUUUGGGCCCAUCCGGCAGUGUUGUAUGGGCAAAUGUAUUAGUUGGUCGCGUUCUCUACAGUUGCUUGCAUGAUAAUAUGGUUAAGGAUAAGAUCAAAGAGUUGUUGCAGAAGAAAAUUAGCGCUAUAAAGCUCCCCUCUUUCAUCGAGGAUGUCAUCAUAACAAAAAUCAACCUUGGCGACACACCACCACUCAUACACCGCGUCUCACAGCCAAUGCUAGAUGAGCGUGGUACUUGGGUUGAUGCCGAUGUCACCUAUGAGGGUCUACUACAGCUAACCGUCACGACCAAAUUGAAUUUGAUGCGUAUUAAACAACAAAAGCGUCCAGCGGAUGUUGUUACCAUAACUGUACCGAACCCAUUAAAUCAACCUGUUGCGUCUGUUGGCGGCACCACCGCCACUGCUACGGCGAAUGCCACUACCAUACCGCCCAUUAAUGUUAUAGCUGAUGGUGACACAACGAACAGGACUUCAUUACCAUCUAGAUUACAUUUGGUUGAGCCUAGCAAUAUUGACGAUGUUUCGAAUAGUGUAAUAUUUGAUAGUGAUGCGGAGAGUUCGGGUGACUCGGAUACAGAUCCGGAGAGUACAGCCGCACCAACAGCUGCAAAUUCUGCAACAAACAUCAUCGGCGGCGCUGGCACAACAACAGCUACAGGGCAGACUUCACAAGGCGAUGCGGCGGCCGGUGGUGCAGCAGAUUAUCAACAUUUUAUGCCAACAGCGCCGGGCAAUGCGCGUCGCAUUUUUCGUAUUGUUGAUCGCAUUGCAGCUUCGAAUUUCUUUCAAUACGCCACCGAUUUGCCGGUGGUGCAGCGUGCCAUUGAAAAUAUGAAUACGAACAUAACUUUGCGCGUGGAUUUGCGUGGUUUAGUUGGACGUGGUGUAAUUAACAUUCCACCGCCGCCCUCGGAUCGCAUUUGGUUGUCCUUCCGUGGUCCGCCACGUCUGUGGCUUUCCGCCAAGCCUGCGUUGGGUGAAAAAUCUGUCGACUACAGCAUUGUGACAAGCAUAAUUGAGAGCAAAUUAUGUGAAGUAGUGAAUAAAUUUUUGGUUUACCCAAAUAUGGUUGAUGUGACCAUACCGUUUUUGGGUCAGCCAACCUAUGAAUACUUACGUGGUGAAAAAACUAAACGUGCUGAGUAAUUUUUUUUUUUUAACUAAAUUUUGCAUAAUUAUUUGCAAAUAAAAUAUAAUACAUACAUAUAUAUAUAUAAUGGAUGUGGAUCAAGCAUUUCACAAGAAGCAUAAUUAUGUAUGAAAAAAUGAAAACAAAAAAAAAAAAA